AUGUCCAAGCUAACAGUCGAAGCGCUGGAACAGCAUCACGAGACGAACGCACGCAGGCGUCUGUCCGUCAUCCAUAAAGACGGUUCGGACAGCACAGGACUGAAUGUGACGGGACCAAAUCUACGUCGGCUAUCCCGGCCUGAUCACAGACUCAGCGUCCAGUACGGCUUUCCAGGUCGGCGACCGUCCCAAGUCUCACGAACCAGUAUCUCCGGAUCUGUAGGACCCAAACACAUCGGGAUACCCAUCAAAUUACAGAACACAUACAGACUCGAACCUCUUCCCAAAGAAAAGUUCGAUCCAUCAAGAGUGAAUACCAUUAUGUAUAAUGUCUUGGAAUCUUACCUUGACGGUGAGAAAUACGACCCUAAAAUGUGUUCCAAUCUCGCUCAGAACCUCACGGACGUUAUCAAAAAUCGCGUCAAGGAGUUAGGUUAUGUUCGCUACAAACUGAUAUGUAACGUCAUUAUUGGAGAAAACUCGGCACAGGGCAUGCGCGUAGCCAGUCGAUGUCUCUGGGACGCCAGCACAGACAGUUACGCGCAAGCAAGUUACUCCAAGGGUGAGAUAUAUGCUGUUGCCACUGUUUAUGCAACAUAUUUUGAAUAG